CAAACUCCCCAGACUUGCCAGUGGAAUGAGGCUUUGACUCUUUGCUUCCCAGUGAUUCAGAAGUUGCAGCUCAGAGGCUCAAAGCAAAAGGACAAUAUGGAAAGUGGCACCCAGUCGCACAGCCAGCAGACCCUCUGGAAAGAUGUGGAGGAGGGGAAGGAGAAGACGGCCCGGCACCGCUGCUUCCAGGUGGCCGCCGUCAGCGUCUCCCUGGUCUUCCUCCUGCUCUCCGUCUGCAUCUUCAGCCUCUGGCACUUCUGGAACCCCGGCUACGGAAAGGUGUACGACCACGCAUACACCGCGGUGGUGGACGGCUUGGAGACGGACAGCCUGAUGGAAAUUGAUCCGGUGCACCGCGUGGAGAUCUUCAGGAUGGGAAAUGACACCGACGAGAUCCUGGAGGUGCAUGACUUCAAGAAUGGCAUCACUGGCAUCCGCUUCUCCAAGCACCAGAGGUGCUACAUCAAGGCCCAGACCAAGGAGCUCCCCAAGAUGGCUGAUGGAGAGCUGGAGGAUGGGCCCCGGAUCGUGGGUGAGCUGGAGACUGUCGAGAUGAAGGUGGAGGAUGCCCAGGUGUGGGUCCCAUCUGAUGAGCCCAUCACUAACCACGCCUUCCUGCUGGAGUCCAAGAUCUGGGAGGUGUGCCGCGAGCUGCCCAUCCACUGGAUCCACCCAGCCCCACUCAGAGAUGCUGAGUUCCAUGAUGUGGAGGAUGUUGAGGAGGCUCCCGAGGAGGAGACCCACAGAGGUCAGCGCAAGGCCAGAGAUAUACUGGACGACGCGGGUGUCCAUGACUAUAGAGCCAUCGGCUUCGAGCUGUCCAACGCCCUGGACGAGCAGGGCUACUGCUGCCAGAGCUGUCGCCGUGGCUACCGGCACUGCCAGCGCUACCACGAGCCCCUGCGUGGCUACAACCCAUACCCCUACUUCUACCAGGGCGGCCGGGUCAUCUGCCAGGUCAUCAUGCCCUGCAACUGGUGGAUCGCCAGGAUGUUCGGAAGGGUCUAGGUCAGGGGUUUUGCCCAACCGGCCGGGGGUCGGGGGGGGUCAGGGGGGGUCAGGGGUUUACAACUUAGGGCCCCACUUGAAAUGUUCACAAAUGUUUGGGCGGCCACCUCUGGCCCGAAAAACAAUGCAACACAAAUAAAUAGUUGACAGCAAUACAUACUCAUAUACUGUAUAAUUUAGAUUUUUUUUU